CAGAAGUCAUUCACCUGUCGGUCACUGACUCCAAACCAGGAGCAGGGACUGUUUUCACAGCUGCUGCAAAGAACCUGAAGCUCCAGCCUGACUAUAUAUAAGGAUGAAGGUUGAUAUUCACAAUCAUAUUUUACCAAAAGAAUGGCCCGACUUGAAGCAGAGAUACGGAUACGGAGGGUUUGUGCAGCUUCACCAUCACUGCAAAGGAGAGGCAAAGAUGAUGAAGGACGGGAAGCUUUUCCGGGUCAUUCAAGAAAACUGCUGGGAUGCGAGUGCACGCAUACAAGACAUGGAUCAACACGGUGUCACCGUUCAGGCCCUCUCAACAGUGCCUGUGAUGUUCAGUUACUGGGCCAAACCUCACGACACGCUGGAUCUCUGUGUCCUUUUGAACGACGAUCUGGCCCAGACAGUGCACAGCCAUCCAAAGAGGUUUGUGGGCCUCGGCACGCUGCCCAUGCAGGCUCCUGAUUUGGCCGUGAUGGAAAUGACACGCUGUGUGAAGGAGCUGGGCUUCCCUGGUGUGCAGAUUGGAUCGCACAUCAACAACUGGGACCUCAACGCCUCCGAACUCUUUCCUUUCUACGCUGCAGCCGAAAAGCUGGGCUGCUCCAUAUUUGUCCACCCAUGGGACAUGCAGACAGAUGGAAGGAUGGCUAAGUAUUGGCUUCCCUGGCUGGUAGGCAUGCCAACUGAGACAACAAUGGCUAUUUGCUCAAUGAUUUUUGGAGGCAUCUUUGAGAAAUUUCCUAAACUGAAAGUCUGUUUUGCUCAUGGAGGUGGUUCUUUUCCAUUCACUGUUGGCAGAAUUGAGCAUGGCCACAAAGUUCGCCCUGACUUGUGUGCGGUCGACAAUCGGAUCAGUCCACGUAACUACCUUGGUUCCUUCUACACCGACUCCUUGGUUCAUGAUCGGAUCUCCCUGAAGCUGCUAGUCGAUGUUAUUGGAAAAGACAAAGUGAUGCUGGGAACAGAUUAUCCAUUUCCACUUGGUGAGCUGCAGCCUGGAUCCCUAAUUGAGUCGAUGGAUGACUUUGAUGGUACACUUAAGGACAAACUACUUGCUGGAAAUGCUCUGGAAUUCUUGGGUCUGAAACAAGAACAGUUUUUAUGAAAUAACACAGGCAAACAUCAGCUCCAACUAGAGGAUGACAUUUGCAGAGCAAUGCAAAGAAGAUCCAUCAAAUUGAAUUCCUUCUCUUACAGUGACAUGUUUUUUUCCUGGCAAUAGGGUGCGACAUACCUAAAUCUUUGCAAGCACGCUGUAUUUUUCUGUUCAAGUAAGACCUUACCAACGGGAUGGCCAUUAGGGUCAAAAAUCCCAGGGAGCACCAUUUUUAAACAUGUACUUCAUAUCGUUCAGCCUCCAGCAAAAUGACAAGCACAUCAGAUUCCCUUUCAUCACUGGCAGCAAGUGAAGAGGUAAAUGUGUAAAACAAUGUUUGAGUGGCGAAAGAUUUAUAACUGCUCGUUACAGAUCAAUGAAUGCAUUUUGUCCUCACAGUUCAGAAGAAAAUAUUGCAUCUUAUUUGGCUUCGCUUCCAAGUCUGCAUCAAUGUGGACUUGGGGGAAGGGUAUUACCCAUAAUCCAUUGCAGCGGGAAAAAAGGUUCAAGUGCCUUUUCAGAAAAUAUGUAUUUUCAAGUGAAAGUAGUUAAUUAAUUAUGCUCUGAAUGUUUUAGACAAAGCAGCAAUUAUUAUAAAUGUAUUUCAAAGAA